UGCAAAAGUGCAUUGGAAGAGGAGAGAAGGGACAGUGGGUUUUGGUGGUGUUGUUGCACCUCUUCUCACUGGGAAACUGGGCAUCAAAAUGCUGAUAGUUGAAAAGACCACUGACUACCCGUCCACUGAGUAUUCUCUAGUGGAGGAUGUUGCCCUCCACUUUACUUGUUUGAUGGACAGACUGAACGAGCAGCGCCUCUUUCAGCCAGAUUUGUGUGAUGUAGACGUGGUAUUGGUGCGGCAGAAGAACACGUUUCCCGCUCACAAGGGAGUCCUUGCAGCGUACAGUCAGUUCUUUCAUUCCCUCUUCACGCAGAACAAGCAGCUCCAGCGGGUUGAACUUUCCCUGGAAGCGCUAACGUCUCAAGGGUUCCAACAGAUCCUUAACUUCAUCUACACUUCAAAGCUGCUGGUAAAUGCCUGCAACGUGCAGGAUGUUCUGAAUGCUGCUGCCGUUCUGCAGAUGAAUGAUAUUGCUACUUCCUGUCAAGAAUUAAUAGACAGCCGGUCCCUAAACCUGACCACAGUGAGUAGCGACAUGUCAAAGCAGGAGGGCCGCGGCAAUCCACUUAGUUCUCAGUUUUACCGGGAGAUCAAGCAGGAGGUUGAUCCGCAUCCCAAGAUUUACGCUCGCGAGGGUAACAACCCAUACUCGGUCCGUGUGGAGGACAAUGUUGUGAAGCAGCACCCACCCGUGCAGCCAAAGCAACAGUAUUACAAGGAGGAGAACAACAGCCGAACGGUGUGCAAGAUUGAAGGGGAUGCUGAGGAGCUGGAUAACUCUGAGAGCAGGAGCUCGUAUAACAGGGAGCAGAUCAUCGUGGAGGUGAACCUGAACAAUCAGACGCUGAACGUUUCCAAAGGGGCCGAGGGCAUGUCUUCUCCCUCAGAGGCCACUGCCGUGCUGGGGAGGUGUCCAGAGGAUGAGGAGGAGGAGGAGGAAGACGAUGAGGAGGACGAGGAAGAGGAGGAGGAAGAGGACGACGAUGAGGAAGAUGCUGACGUCGGGGAUGAGGAAGACGAGGAGGAAGAGGAAGACGCCAGCGAGGAGGAGGAAGAGGAGGUUGAGGAGAGCGAGGAGGACGAAAACGAGGAGGAUAAUUCCGACACACCAGAAGUCAAAACUGAGAGCGGGCAGCCGACUCGCAGAGCAGUGAGGGCUUCAACCGCCUCCAAGGGAUCCGUCACUGCAGCUUCCAGUCGGUCGCGGAGGAACACCAAGGCAGAGGUGAGCGCCCGGGGCAGGAAGCGGAAGAAGGAUUCUGACGGCUCGAAUCAGAAGGUGAAAAUAGAAGAGAAGCAACACUACCCCUGCAAAAAGUGCCCCAGGGUUUUCAACAACCGCUGGUACUUGGAGAAGCACAUGAACGUGACGCACAGCCGCAUGCAGAUCUGUGACAAGUGCGGCAAGAGGUUCGUGUUGGAGAGCGAGCUCUCUCUGCAUCAUCAGACUGACUGUGAGAAGAGCAUUCAGUGUGUCAAUUGCGGGAAAGGAUUUAAGAAGCUCUGGUCGCUGCACGAACACAAUAAGAUUGUACAUGGUUACGCAGAGAAGAAAUUCUCUUGUGAAAUCUGCGAGAAGAAAUUCUACACAAUGGCCCAUGUCAGGAAACACAUGGUUGCCCACACAAAGGACAUGCCGUUCACUUGCGAGACUUGUGGGAAGUCGUUCAAGCGCAGCAUGUCACUCAAAGUCCAUUCGCUGCAACAUUCGGGCGAGAAGCCCUUCAAAUGUGAGAACUGCAACGAAAGAUUCCAGUACAAGUAUCAGCUUCGCUCUCAUAUGAGCAUCCACAUUGGUCACAAGCAGUUCAUGUGCCAGUGGUGCGGCAAGGAUUUUAACAUGAAGCAGUAUUUCGACGAACAUAUGAAGACGCACACCGGGGAGAAGCCGUACAUUUGCGAGAUCUGCGGCAAGAGUUUCACCAGCCGGCCAAACAUGAAGCGGCACCGCCGGACACACACAGGAGAGAAACCGUAUCCCUGUGACGUGUGCGGACAGAGGUUCCGCUUCUCCAACAUGCUCAAGGCCCACAAGGAGAAGUGCUUCCGGGUCACCAACCCCAUCAUGGCAGACAGCAACCCACUGAGUCUGACAUCCAGCACACCUCCCAACUCCAACAGCCCCCUCCUCUCUCACCCUCAGUCACACCCCCACCCCCACCCUCACCCCCAUCCCCACCCUCACUCCCUGCCACUGCCUCUCCUGCAUUCUCUCCCCCCUCCCCCCCACCUGCCCCCUCCCCCUCCCCUCUUUCCAGCCGGAAGAAUAAACGCUAACAACAAUUGAACGGCUGUGGGAUUUUUUUUUAAAAAAAACGGGAGGGGAGAGAAAAAAGCGAAAGA